AGUGAUCCCGAAAGUCAUCUCAGGGCGGGUGGGACGCAGCCGAAUGGGACAGCAUCAGCAGAGGACUUCACACCUCUGGCCCCAGUCCCAGUGGACCAGCUCAGCUCAGGAGCCUCAAACCAUACUCUGAAGACCUAGGCCAGUGUCAGAAAUGGAGGCCCCAAGGUCCCGUCCACUACUUGACAGCCCCACAGCCACCAAGGUGCCGUCCCUGGCCAAGCUGUGCGCCCGUCUGGACCUGUACCUCGGCUGCUCCCGCUGCACUCAGCGUCUCAACGAGAGCACGUACAUCCUGCGUGGGGUGGAGCACAGCUGCCCCCGUGAGAUCCUGCUGGCCCGCUUCAAGCAGGCCACCAAAAGCAAGGUCUGGCGCAGAGUGGGCCGCAGGCCCAGCUUCCCGAGGCCUUCCCGCUAUGACGUCUGUCGUUACUACAGCCCAGGGCUAGGCUGCCGGCGCCACCGGAACCAGUGCACCUUUGCCCAAAGCCGUGAGGAGGCACUGGUCUGGACCUUCGAGAGGGAGCACAAUCUCCAGCGCAUGUGGCUGAAGGCUGCUGUGCAGGGCCAGGGCAAUCGGGCCCAGGGAGGGCCAGAUGGGUCAGACAGUGUGGCUGCUGCAAUCCGAGUUGAAUUUGGUGGCCACUUUGAGCUGCUCUGCUCCCUCUGCUUCCGGUGCAGACCCCAGCGCAUCUGCCCAGUGGACUCUCAGGGCCGGUGCCCCGAGCACGGAGCCUGCCCCUCACUCCUGAGCCAUUUAAGCAUCGAGGGUUGCCGCAAGCAACAGUACGUGGAGGUGCGGCCACAGCCCCAGUAUCGUCAGCCACUGGCCUACUGCAUGUUUGUGGGGCGUGGGCGGCCAUGCCGGCAUGGGGCAUCCCGCUGUCAGUACGCACACAGUGAUGUGGAGAUGGCUGUGUGGGAGGCCGAGCAGCGGCUUGGCCUCCGGAGGGAAGACCUGCUCACUCCUCCCAGCCAGGGGUGCACAGCCCAGCGCAGCCAGCCCCCUGGGGUCCAGCUAUACUGUCACGCUUGCCUGGUCACAUGCCACUCUCAGGAGGCUUUUGAGAACCACUGCUUCUCCUGGGAGCAUGCACAGAUGGUAGCCUCCAACCCAGCCAUGCCCUGGAAGUACCGCUCCCCGCCCAUGGGGCUUUCCAAGUUCGAGCUCUGCCCAAAGCCCAACCUCUGUGUGUACGGGGAUGUCUGCACCAAGGCACACUCAGCACAGGAGCUGCAGGAGUGGGUCCAGCGGGUGCAGGCUACAAAGCUGCGGGAACAGGCAGCCUGGAGGGAUGGGCUGAUGUCCUACCGGGCACGGCUGCUGGCUGAGUGCCAAGACAGCAAUGGAGAGGCCCUGGUGCUGGCUGAGACUGUCGAGGGUGUGUCCAUCACCUGCAACCAGCCCCUGGUGCAUCAGGCCCAGGACAAGAAGAUCCACCAUAGCUGGACGUUUGCCAUCCACUCCAAGGAACCCCUAUUGCACGUGGCCCUGCUCAAGCAGGAGCCGGGAGUGGACUUCUCCCUGCUGGCCCCCCACCUCCCACCAGGCCAACUCUAUGCACAGGGUGAGCGCUUCCAAGAGCCCACAUCCCCAGCCGACUUCCGGGUGGAAGUGUGCGUGCAGACAGCCUCCUUUGGCACCUUUGAGCAGUGGGUGGUCUUUGACUUUGGCCACCGGCCAGUGCUGCUCCGAAAGCUGGGGCUGCAGCUGGGCCAGGUGCACUGCUCAGGACUUGGGGGGAUGCUGGCUCCUGGCCACUCCGAGGAGCUGGAGCCCUGGCAUUCAGGUAACCGACAUGUAGUACCUGGUGUGGAGCGGACAGCCGAGCAGGUAGCCUUGAUGGCCAAGUACAAGGUGCCCAGCCUGGCCCUGGACGGCACACAUAGCAGCCCUGCCUCAGAUCCCGUGUCUCCUAUCAACUACCGGCAGAGGAUACACCAGUUUCUCUACGAGGAGGAGGCGGCACGGCAGCAGCUGGUGGCCAAGUUGUCGGUCCAAGCCCGGGUGUCCCUGAAGACAGCACUGCAGACACCAGCCCUGGGCAUGCUCUUCGCGCCACCUGGAGCUCUCUACGCCGAGGUGCCGAUCCCGUCCUCCCUGACACCAGACACAGAGCAGGGCUCCCUGUUGGGCCGGGCGGUCAGAACAGCCCUUGUGGCCCCUGUGCCUGCGCCUAACAGCACAGUGUUCGAGGUGCAGCUGGAGCCACGGGCUAGCUCAGAGCAGGCGCUGUGCCUGCUGCUGCCUGCCCGCUGCUGUGCUGCCCUAGAGCUGAGGUCCGAGGCCAGCCCCAUCCUGGAGGUGCAGUUCCAGAUCGACCGGCUGACCUUCUGCCUCUGGCACCAGGCAGUGGAUGCGCUGCCUGAGGAGCGUCUGGUGGUGCCCGACUUGCCUUCCUGUGUCCUGCCCCGCCCUCUGCCUGCCCCCUCCUCAGUUCGUGGCAACUGCAAGCAAAAGCUGGCCAUGGCACUCAUUGCAGGCAGAGGCCCAGUGGAUGGGAGGCCUGUGCCCCCGCUGCUCAUCUACGGCCCUUUUGGCACCGGCAAGACCUACACACUGGCCAUGGCCUCCCUGGAGGUCAUCCGGCAGCCAUACACCAAAGUGCUCAUCUGCACACACACCAACAGUGCGGCUGACAUCUACGUCCGAGAGUACUUCCACAACUUUGUCAGCAGUGGCCAUGCUGAGGCGGCUCCACUCCGGGUGAUGUACACAGACCGCCCCCCCAGCCAGACAGAUGCCACCACACUGCGAUAUUGCUGCCUGAGUGUGGACCACCGGGCCUUCCGCCCACCCACAGACGCAGAACUGGUGCAGCACCGCGUGGUGGUCUCCACCACCUCCCAGGCCCGUGAGCUCCGGGUGCCCUCUGGCUUCUUCUCACACAUCCUCAUUGACGAGGCUGCCCAGAUGCUGGAGUGCGAGGCUCUCACGCCGCUGGCUUAUGCCUCACCUAGCACUCGUGUGGUGCUGGCCGGGGACCACAUGCAGGUCACGCCCAGGCUGUUCAGCGUGGCCAGGGCACAGUCAGCUGAACACACACUGCUGUACCGCCUCUUCCUGCACUACCAGCAGGAGACACACGAGCUGGCCAAGCAGAGCCGCGUCAUCUUCCAUGAGAACUACCGCUCUACUCAGGCCAUCGUCAGCUUUGUGUCCCGUCACUUCUACCUGGCUAAGGGUAUCUGUGCCAGUGGCAGUGUUCCACGCCACCCCCGACACUACCCUCUCUCCUUUUGCCAUGUGGUGGGCAGACCUGAGCGAGACUUGUCGAUGACAUCCUGGUUGAACCUGGCUGAGAUCAUCCAGGUCGUGGAGAAGGUGCAGGAGGUCUGGGACACCUGGCCCUGCUGCUGGGGCAGCCGGGAGCAGAGAUACAUCUGUGCUGUCUCCCACGGUGCCCAGGUCAGUGCACUGAGGCAGGAGCUGCGAAGGAGGAGCCUGGGUGAGGUGUCUGUGGGCAGCUUUGAGAUCCUGCCAGGGCGGGAGUUCCGGGUUGUCGUUCUGAGCACUGUCCACAAUUCUGACACCCUGCUUGGACCGGGGGCACCAGCCGCGGAGUUCUUCACAGAUGCCCGUGUGCUCAACACCGUUAUGACCCGUGCCCAGUCCCAGCUGGUGGCCGUGGGCGAUGCCGUGGCCCUCUGCUCCUUUGGUACCUGCAGCAAGCUCUGGAAGAGCUUCAUCCGUGAGUGUGUGGCACAGCACAGUGUCUGCCCCAAGGGCCUGUCACUGGAGCAGAUCGAGCAGAGUGUGGCCCAGAGGCAGCACCUGGCCCUCCAAGCAGAGGGGGCUGGGGCUGCUGCACCCAGCAAGGCUGUCCUAGAGGGAUCCACGAGGGGCCUGGCCAUGAAGUGCAUGGCUGCCACCAUGGCAAAGACAAAGUCAGGGGACAAGGUGUCAUCUGGCAUCUCGGCCUCAGGGAGUCCAGCUACAGAGAAGGUAGCCACAGUGCGGACAGAAGUCAACACAGCAACUCCAGCAGGAAACUCACUGAGGGAGGAUGCAGCACCAGGGAUGGCGGUAGCAGGAGCGACCACCACAGAGGGCACGGAGUUUGAGGGCCCUGAGGACUCUGAGUCUGACUUCUGGCCUUGUGAUGGGGAGCUCAAUGCCGAUGACCCUGUCCUGCAGGAGCUUCUGGAUGAGAGCCGGAAGGUGAUGGUGACUGUCAGGGAGGAUGGGCUGCUGGACACCAUGGCCAGGCCUGAGUGCCCGCGCCAGGACCAGCAGUAUGUGAACCUGCCCUCAGCCACACUGCGCCAGCUGCUGGGCAGAAAGCCGGAGCUAUACCAGCGUUGCAUCUUUGCUCAGGAGACCUUUGAGUGUGGAUCGGCCGUCCCUCUGGACCCUCUGGAUGAGGUGUCUCCCAGCCCCAUCCAGAUCCGGGGCCGCCGGAACUGUGGUAUGGCCUUCACUGGGGAUGAGGUGCUGGUUCAGGUCUUUCCCAGGGCCACUAAUGACAGAGGCCUUGUGGGGCGGCCACAGGGUUGUGUGGUGGGCGUGCUGAAGAGGAGGCAGCAGGAGCUGGCGUUUGUAUGCCGUGUGGACGAGUGGGACCCCCGCAUCAUGGUCCCCAUCAAUGGCUCUGUGACCAAGAUCUUUGUGGCUGAGCUGAAGGACCCACUGUACGUGCCUAUCCACCGCCUGCGGCAGGGACAGGUGCAGCGUGUGGGCCAGGAGAGCCUCCCACUUGAGGCCCGGCGAGGCCGGCUCUUCUGGGUCCGCAUCGUCUUGUGGCGACCACGCUUCUACUACCCGCUGGGCAUUAUCCUGGAGGUGCUGCCUGCGGCCAGCACCUGGGAGCAUGGUCUCCGGGUCCUUGACCUGGAGCAUGGCCUGAGGCUGCCCCCAGUGGACCCAGCCCUGGUCACCAAGAUGCUGCAGAAAUACCGUGCAGAGCUUGGCCACAGUGUUGGCCGCCGGGAGGACUGCCGCAGCCUCCUGACCUUCACAGUGGACCCCCAGGGUGCCUGCAACCUUGAUGAUGCCCUCAGUGUCCGGGACCUGGGCCCCAGAUAUGAGGUAGUCGUACACAUCACUGACGUGGCCAGCGUCUUGCCUAGGGAUGGACCACUGGAUGUGAAGGCCCGGAGACAGGGCAUGGCUUUCUACGCCCCUGGCCGGGAGCCAACACCUAUGUUGCCCACCAGCCUCUGCCAUGCGCUCAGCCUCCUGCAGGGCCAGGACCGCCUCGCCAUCUCACUCUUCCUCACGGUAGAGAAGGGCAGCGACCAGCUCAAGAGCCUGCGUUUUACACAGUCUGUGGUCUGCUCUGACCGCCAGCUGUGCUAUGAGGAGGCCGAGCAGGUGAUCAGGGAGCACCCAGGGGCUGGCCACGAGCUGCCAACCCACUUGGACUCCCUGGACGCCUGCGUGGUGGCCGCGUGCCACUUCUCUCGCGUGCUGCGCCGGCGCCGCCUGCAGGCCGACUGCCUCUACGAGCAGCUGGAUGAGGACCAUGCCCUGGGCUUCCGUGCAGCCCACCUCAUGGUCAAGGAAUACAUGAUCCAGUUCAACCACCUGGUGGCGGAAUACCUGGUGGGCAGUCAGCACACACACACUCUCACACCUCUGCGGUGGCAGCCUGCGCCGAGCAUCCAGCAGCUGAAGGCUGUUUGCGAGGAGCAUGGGCACUUGGUGCCCCUUUCCCUGCACCUGUCCCAGCAUCUACAGAGCAGCGGCCGUACCUCCCUGCAGUUGCGCCUCCUGGGUGCUGUGUGGAAGCAGCUACAGCAUGCUGCCCGCAACCGGGACUACGAACAAGUGGUCGACUUGAUCACCACGGAUGAUGUGCACCCUUCACUGGCACCUGCAGGCCGUGACUUGCGAAAGGCCCUGGGCCGCUCAGUCUUCGGCCGCUCCAGCCAGGGAACACGGCAGCGGGCUGGCCACUACUCGCUGCAGGUAGACUGGUACACCUGGGCCACCUCACCCCUCCGCAGGUACCUGGACGUGGUGCUGCAGAGGCAGAUCCUGCGGGCACUGGGCAGCGGAGGUGCCAAGUACUCCGCCAGGGACAUUGACUGGCUCUGCCUAGACUUCGCCCGGCAGCACGCACAUGCCCAGGGCUACCAGCGGCGCGCCUGCAGCCUGUACCUGGCUGCACAGCUCAAGGCCCAGCCCUGCAACAAGCUGGGCUUUGUGGUGGAUGUGGAGUCAGGCACCCGUUGCUUCAAGCUGCUCUUCCCCACCCACCAGGAGACACUGCCUGACCCCUGCCCCGUCCACUAUCGCUCCCUGCAGCUAGCUGAGCCCCCCCAGGCCCUGGUGGGCCAGCCAGGCCUGCGGCUGGUCUGGCGCUGCCGUGUCUACUCUGUACAGGGGCCCAAGAUGUCCUCGCCAGCGCCCGGCAUCUUGUGUGACCCUCAUACCAGGACCAUCAGUGCCACCGUGUGGAAGCAGCUACUGGCACUGGUGAAGCAGAGGCACUGGCCCGAGGCAGCUGCACUUGUCCAGGAGCAGGGGGAGAGGGUGACCCAGGGGCAGGAGCUUGGGCGAGUGCAGCGGAGUCACUGUGGCCACUUUCUGGAGGUGACCCGGGAGCUGCGCAGUGGUGACGCACUGCAGGUGCAACUCGCCGCCAGCAUGCAGCGUGGCUUCCUGGCACCCUCCAUGCAGCUGUGGACCUUGACACCUGGCCUCAGCCUCUGCCUGGAGCAUGUGGAGUGGCCCGGGGACUGCUUCUCAGGCCAUGCACACCAGGCGCCUCAGGAACACUACCAAGAUGUGGAGGAGUACACUCGUGUGUGGCAGCCGUUCUGUGCCCUGGAGUCAGUCACCAAUGCAGUUGCUGAGAACACCUCUAUCACGCUGCAGCACUUGAGGAUCUCAUGGGACAAGGAGCUGAUGCUGCGGGGGCAGCUGCAGGGCACCUUCCACCUGGAGGCCACCUUCCUCCGUGAGAGCUGCCUAGAUAUGGACCUUGGCUGCAGCUACCUCUGCAUCCGGCUCGAAGGGCUAACCACCCCUUCUGUCCCGACUGCCCACCCUAUGCCCCCAGCCCCCGGGCCUAGCACCCGUGGCCCUCUCCUGAGCAUGGACCCCGGCACGUACACCUGGGUGGCCCACGCUCUGACCAAGGACGGGGACCAGGAAGGCCGGGCAGACAGACAGGAGGCCCCCAGGCAGGUGCAAUUCUUCGUCCAACACAUGUCCAUGGAGAAGGUUCCAGAAGAUGUAUUGAGGCCGGGAACCCAGUUUACCGUGGAGGUGCUGCCCAAGCAGCUUCCCGAUCUCCGCAAGGAAGAAGCUGUGCGUGGGCUGAAAAAGGCGUCCCCUCUGGUCAUCAGCAUCGCCCUUGGGCAGCCGGUCCCAGAGACCUGCCACUCUUCAGGCCAGCAGCCCCUCCCCAGAGGGGCCACCAGCAGGCUCCUGACACGACAGACCUUUGACAUCCCCGGAGGCUGCCACAAGCUGAACCCCAGCCAGAAUGGGGCUGUCAGGGAGGCCCUGGAGAAGCCAUUCACAGUCAUCCAGGGCCCACCAGGUACGGGGAAGACAGUUGUGGGCCUCCACAUCAUCUACUGGUUCCACAAGUCCAACCAGGAGGAGAGACAGCCCAGCGGCACCCCUGGUGGGGAGAACGGGCCCCGGGACCCCUGCAUCCUAUACUGUGGCCCCUCCAACAAGUCGGUGGAUGUGCUGGCAGGACUGCUUCUGAGAAGGGCGGAGCUAAAGCCUCUCCGUGUGUAUGGUGAGCAGGCUGAGGCCAGCGAAUUCCCAGUGCCAGGUGUAGGCAACAAUGGCCUGCUCAAGAAGACCCCUCGGGAUGGGAGGCCGAACCCGGCUCUCAGGAGCAUCACCCUGCACCACCGGAUCCGACAGGCUUCUAACCCACAUGCAACAGAGAUCAAGGCCUUUGAUGCCCGGGUGCAGAAAGGGGAGGAGUUCUCCAGCGAGGACCUCCUCUUGUACAGAACCAUCUUGGGGAAGGCCCGGAAAUUCGAGCUGGAACGGCACAUUGUCAUUCUCUGUACAUGCUCCUGUGCAGCCUCCCCCAGCCUCCGGAAGCUGGACGUCCGGCAGGUCCUGGUUGAUGAGGCAGGCAUGGCCACCGAGCCUGAGACCCUCAUCCCUCUGGUACACUUCCCACAGGCUGAGAAGGUGGUUCUCCUUGGGGACCACAAGCAGCUGCGUCCUGUGGUCAAGAACGAACAGCUACAGCGCCUGGGGCUGGACCAGUCCCUCUUCGAGCGAUAUCAUGGGGACGCCUACAUGCUGGAUACACAGUACCGCAUGCAUGAGGGCAUCUGUGCCUUCCCCUCCAUGGAGUUCUAUAAGGGAAAGCUGAAGACCGGGGCAGGCCUGAGGCGGCCAUCCAGUAUCCUGGGCCAUGCCAACAAGGAGAGCUGCCCUGUCAUCUUUGGCUACAUGCAGGGUCAGGAGCAAAGCCUGCUGGUGUCCACUGAUGAGGGGAAUGAAAGCUCCAAGGCCAACCUGAAGGAGGUGGCAGUGGUGGUCCACAUUGCCAAGCAGCUAACCCUGGGGAGGACGGUGGAGCCCAAAGACAUUGCCAUCCUCACUCCCUACAAUGCACAGGCCUCGGAAAUCCGCAAGGGCCUCCUGAAGGAGGGUGUGACCGGAGUGACUGUGUCUUCCAUCACCAAGAGCCAGGGGAGUGAGUGGCGCUACGUGCUUGUGAGCACCGUCCGCACUUGUGCCCAGAGUGACCUGGACCAGCAGCCAACUAAGGGCUGGCUCAGGAAGUUUCUGGGAUUCGUCGUGGACCCCAACCAAGUAAAUGUGGCUAUCACUCGGGCCCAGGAGGGGCUCUGCCUGAUUGGAGACCAUCUCCUCCUGCGCUGUUGCCCUCUCUGGAAGCACCUCUUGGACUUCUGCGAGGCCCAACAGAGCCUGGUGCCAGCCAACCAUGUGCAGGUCCGGAGGAGGCCGAUGGUGCCUUCCUGAGGAGCCACCAGACUCAAGGUGCCAGGAUGGGGAGGGGCUGUCCCAGCCACCUCUGCUGUUGGCCAGGGGCCCACUAGGCAGAUCCCUACAUGCCUCAGUGGCUACCAACUGGGCCUGUGCUGUGCAACAAGGACCACAUGGAGUUAUGGCCUCUUGGGGGAAAGCAGGCUGAGCAUGACCUGCCUGAAGACUAUGAACUUGGGAGAAAGGAAAAAUGCUUAGAGUCCAUCCCCUUCCUGCUGUGCUGCUGUUCUGGGUUCAUCUGAGGACUGGGACAUUUUGGAGCCAGGAGGGGAACUGCAUGGAGGCUAUUCUUUGAUCUUUGGAGGCCACCUGCAGCCACACUGGGUACCAUCCUUGGUGUUGGGCUUAAUUCUCUAUUUUUGAACAAAGUAAAGCCAGUGUCUAUUUUACUGGGACAGGGACCUCAGUCCAAACUUAGUGAAGGGAGGUCCAUCUGACUCUGGGACCCUGGCCCCUCAGGGGCUGCUCACCAGGGCAGAAGGGCAGACCUUAGCCUCACCUGGACCCCCAAAAUGUGAAGAGCUGCUGGGCAGUGCUCUGUGGGGCUACGUGGGGGUGGGAGUUGCCUGGCGGCAUUGGGCUUAUGCCUCUGCCUGAGCUAUGCUUUCCAGGCUGUCUCUUCUCAGACUCUGUAUUCUGUGACUGAGUGUUAACUUUAUUACAAAGACCACUUGGGAA